UUCCGCCCCCCGCCCCGCCCCAGCCGCUCUCCCGCCGCCUGCUUCGCGCUUCCGCUGCGCGUUCCCAUGGCGCUGAAGCGGAUACAAAAAGAACUAAGUGAUCUGCAGCGAGAUCCACCAGCCCACUGUUCUGCCGGACCUGUUGGAGAUGACUUGUUUCAUUGGCAAGCAACUAUUAUGGGACCUCCUGAUAGUGCAUAUCAAGGGGGAGUAUUUUUUCUCACAGUGCACUUUCCAACAGACUAUCCUUUCAAACCACCAAAGAUUGCUUUUACAACAAAAAUAUAUCACCCAAACAUAAAUAGUAAUGGGAGUAUUUGUCUUGAUAUCUUGAGAUCACAAUGGUCACCAGCUCUGACUGUUUCUAAAGUUUUAUUGUCCAUAUGCUCCUUACUUUGUGAUCCUAAUCCAGAUGAUCCUUUAGUACCAGAUAUUGCACAGAUCUACAAGUCAGACAAGGAAAAAUUUCUACAGGAUUAGCUCUUUAAAUAUUGAGAAUAGUGAUGGAUCCAGUAGAAAACUAUAGGCAUACACAACUGUUGGUAACUGAUUUUUUUUUUAUACUUAGUUACAUAAAACCUUCACACUUCUGUGUAACAGAUUUAUUGCAUGAGAAAUCAUUUUCCCAAAUAUUAAUUAUUUGUUGCUACUGCAAUCCUCUGGUAGUAAAACCUGUACAGAAGAUUUUUUUGACCUGUUUAACUGAGAUGUUUGGUACCUGUUUUUUCGUGUUGAGCCAUUGAAGACUUGCAGUGUAUGCAGUGGCCUGUGGCUCAUCAUGUCACAGAUUCAGGAAGAUUUGAGUAUUGCUUUUACCUUGAGCAGUAGACAGCAAAGGAGUGAUGUAGAAGUUACAUGGACAUCUGUGGUCUAGUAUUUCUCUGCCUAGACUAAGAAUUAUUAAAAUGGCCUUUUCCUCACAGUUCAUUGUUUGGCAUAGUCAAAUCACGUAACUUCUGAAGUGCUUGAAUGCUGUAGUCUAUUCUGCAAAGUAGGUAGUGUUCAAGUUGAGGAUGUUGUGCAUCAGCUUCUUCCCAUUUGUGACUCAACGUUUUUCCACCCACCUACUUAUUAGUGGUUUCAGCUGUUGUCCCUCCUGUUUGUGGAGGAAGUGAAUGAGGGAUGGUUUUCUAUCUCCAAACCUCAAAAUUUAGUCAUUGCUAGGGAAAGUGAGAAAAUGUAUAGUCUUGACUAUAGCUUUAUCUUUUUAUGAUGAUCACCUAUUAAAUUUUUCUUUGUUUUUUCUUGGAUUUAGGAGAUUAAAGAUAUGAUUGGUUACCCUGUAGCAUUUAUCUAUGAGUAUUUUACUAUAAGUAAAGAUCCAAAGACUUGUAUGGUAGCAUAUUCUUAAGAAGAAAACCAAUUAGUACAUGAGUUGCUAUACUGAUCUUAAGAAAAAGAGUUAAAAACUUGUCAGUAUUGUUCUCUGCAUGACUCAAGAAAACAAAUCCAGUCUAAAAAGUAGAGUGUGGUAAAUGUAAGGACCAGAGGGGAAGCUAUCAAUUCUCUAAGGACAUUUAUCCUUAGGAUUAUGGAAUUAAAAGAUAAUCAGCUUCGUACUAGAAGGAAAAGGCCGAAGACUUAAAACCUAGUAAAAAAUGCUUUUUGGAAAAUUUUCUUUUCAAGUUCUGAAAUGCAGCUGGCAGUGCAGAAUGAAGAAUAAAAUCCCAGUUAAUUAUACUGAAUUUUAUGGAACUAAAAUGUGUAAAUUUUGUUAGACUCAUAAUAGCAUAUGCCUUUAGGAGCAAUUUGACAACAAAUUCCUGUAUAGGUGCAAAUAAGGGAACCAGUUGUGAAACACAAAUGAAGGAUGCACAAUGCUAUGCAAUUCAAUGCAAACCUGUGAAGUUGGGUUUGAGUCUGAAUAGCUAUGAUAGGUAACCUUAGAAAUUGAACAUGUAGUGGAUAUAUACUUCUUGGCUUUUAGACUGUGUCAGUGUUCUUUGACUCUGCUCAGAGGUGAAAAGCUCAGUAACACCUAUAUUAAGUAAAUAAGUGGCCAUUGUCAAUGUAUCACUAACAGUUGUUCACUGUAAUGCCUUCUUUCUGCACGUACAGAUACAACAGACAUGCAAGAGAAUGGACUCAGAAAUAUGCAAUGUAAACUUUUGAAGACGUUUUCAUAUACCACAGAGUACUGUAAAUUCUAGGUUUUUUCAAAAUUAUAAGGAAAUGGAGCAGUUUAUGGUUUCAGUGUGACACCUCUUGAAUUUUUUUUCACCCAUGUAAGUGUUUCUGGAGCAAGAGAGGACAAACUUCUGAAAAUAACCUUAUGACUUUGGUAAGAAUAUUUAUCCUCUUUGUAUGCUUUACAGAAGACAUUUAUUAUAGUUUUUAAGAGUUGAACAGCUACAUCUUCAGACUACAAGAUCUAUAAUUCAGUUGUAAAUCAUUGAAACUAUUUUUGCUGGGAAAAGCUUUUUUCAUGUGAUGAGUACUGUAUGUGUGUCAUUGAAGUAUCUUCUCUGUUUCGUAAGUAUGUUCAAGUUCUUUUGUUAGUUCUCAUAUAUAAUUUGUAUUUUUUUUACUGUAUAGACUAUUUUACUUACACUGUAAGUAAUUUUAUUUUAGACUUGCUUGUGCACAGUAUUGACAAGGUGAAACUGCUAAUAGUGAAAAUAAUUGGAGUAUCUCACUCAUUAGAAUAUUCUGAAGACUGACUGCAGACUUCUUAAAACCUAAAAUGAUCAUUGCACUCUAAAUCUUUGUGUGCUGACUUGGUUUUGAUUCUGUUGCAUACUUGACAUAAUUUUAUCGCAAUGUGAACUAGUUGCACUGAUAUGUAGAAAUAUAUGUAACCAUUUUAUUGCUAUUGACAACUGAUUUUUGAUGUGUGGGCAACAUAAUACUAUCACAGACCUUUUACAAAUCCAGAUGUAGCCCUUUCCAUAUAAAUAAAAUACAUUUUCUACUUUC